AUUUUAUAUUACAUGAACGUGUCAGACAGGGUGGAGACGCUAGUAGUAGGCAGUUUUGGUGCACGGCAUAUCCGAGCGGUUUCAACAGUUCGACAGUUAUUAAAGGAUGGCCACUCAGUGUGUGUCGAAAGUCGAGCUCUCCAUCUCUUGCAGUAAUCUCCUGGAUAAAGAUGUUGGAUCUAAAUCUGAUCCUCUCUGUGUUCUGCUGCAGAGUGUCGGGGAUGACAAAUGGACCGAGGUAGCACGCACAGAGAGAGUGAAGAAUUGCCAGGAUCCCCAGUUCUCCACAAAACUUCACAUUGACUACUACUUUGAAAAGGUGCAGAAGCUAAAGUUUGGCGUCUAUGACAUCGACAACAAGUCUGUGGACCUCGGUGAUGAUGACUUUCUGGGAGGCUUUGAAGGCACUCUUGGACAGAUCGUGUCAAGUAGGAAGCUUACCAGACCACUUCAGCUAAAGGCAGCUAAACCAGCUGGGAAAGGCACAAUAACGAUUACAGCUGAUGAGGUGAAGGAUAACAGGGCUAUUGUGAUGGAGAUAGAAGCCAAAAACCUGGAUAAAAAGGAUUUGUUUGGAAAGUCUGAUCCAUUCUUGGAGUUUUUCAAGCAAGAUGAGGAUGGGAAAUGGCAGCUAGUGCACAGGACAGAGGUCAUUAAGAAUAAUUUGAAUCCAUCUUGGAAAAAGUUUACUGUCUCCUUGCACACAUUCUGCAGUGGUGAUCUGAACAAACCAAUCAAGGUUGAGUGUUUUGAUUAUGAUAGCGAUGGCUCUCAUGAUCUGAUUGGUGUGUUUCAAACUAAUGUGUCAGAUCUGCAGAAAGCAGUUCAUGGCUCACCGGUUGAGUUUGACUGCAUUCAUCCAGAGAAGCAAAAGAAGAAAAAGAGUUAUAAGAACUCUGGAGUCAUCAAGAUUAAAGAUUGCAAGCUUGAGACGCAGUAUUCAUUUCUGGAUUAUGUGAUGGGAGGUUGCCAAAUUAACUUCACGGUGGGCAUUGACUUCACUGGCUCAAAUGGAGACCCCCGCUCACCUGACUCUCUGCACUAUCUCAACCCUAAUGGUGUGAACCAGUAUCUGUCUGCCAUCUGGUCUGUUGGCCAGGUGGUCCAAGACUAUGACAGUGAUAAACUUUUCCCAGCCUUUGGAUUUGGUGCCCAAGUGCCUCCAAACUUCCAGGUGUCACAUGAGUUUCCAUUGAACUUCAACCCAAAUAGCCCAUAUUGCCAAGGAGUGGAGGGCAUUGUAAACGCUUACCGCUCAGUUUUGCCUCAACUCCGCCUCUAUGGACCCACCAACUUCUCCCCCAUAAUAAAUCAUGUGGCCCGAAUUGCAUCUGGAGCCGCCCAACAACCAAAUGCAGCACAAUACUUUGUGCUGUUAAUCAUCACUGACGGAGAGAUUACUGAUCUCGACCAGACCAGACAAUCCAUCGUGAACAGCUCCAAACUGCCCAUGUCCAUCAUUAUUGUGGGUGUGGGUGAGGCAGACUUUAAGGCCAUGGAGUUUUUGGAUGGGGACAACGGAGUCCUCAAAUCUAUAACUGGAGAGCCAGCGGUCAGAGAUAUUGUGCAGUUUGUGCCCUUCAAGCAGUUUGCCAAUGCUCCUAAAGAAGCGCUUGCUCAGAGCGUUCUUGCCGAGGUGCCAUCUCAGCUGGUGACAUACUUCAAAAUGAGAAAUCUGCCUCCUGUCAACCCACCUUCACCGACAAAAUAGACACAGGCUUGCUCUGAAGACUGAAUCAUAUGUAUCUAAAUGCAUAGGAGUUUAAGUGUAGAUCACCACUAGAGGGAACCACAGCUCCGUGGAAGAACUCGUAGAAAGACCACUUAUAUUAAUUUCAAUUUUUUUAUGAAUUAUGCAAUCAUUUUAUUUUCAUAUAUUUCUUUAAUCUUCCAGGAUUAAUAUUAUUCCUUACUAUUCUAUUCCAACUGGAAAAGAGUUCCUUUUUUACAGAGCUAUUUUUCUGUGAAGUUGCAUAUGACAUAUAUGUCAUGCUAUAGUUUACGCACACAGAUGCCUUGAUUUGCUUCAGCCAAUAUUUGAAAUCACUUGCCAUGCUUUUGGCGCACACAUAUGCAAAAUCUCAAUCAGGAAUGCUGGUUUAUGAAAUCGCUGCACUUUCUGCUGUAUAGUAGUUAUCAAAGCAAAGUGAAUGAUACUCAUUUACCAUCUGCGCUGAAAUAAAUAAUCAUGCUACCAUUAUAGAGACGAUUAGUAGCUAGAGACAUACCAAAGAAAUCAUUGCAUGCCUUUCACUAGCAAAUUAGAGCUUUCAGAAACUUUAAUAGAAUUAUAUUGCCAAUAUGAUUGUCGUUUUGACCAAGCUAUAUAACAUUCAUAUACUACUUAGUAUAUAAAGUAUGAACAAUGACAGAGUUAAAUAGACUUUACUGUUACAAAGCAGAGAGUUAGGGAUCAUAGAAAUGCCAUAUCAGAUUUGUUUUUCUAAACAGCUGUAGUUAUGUUGAGGAUCUAGAGGUUUUACAGUAUCCUUUGUGCCAAGAAGUAUCUUUUAAAGAUUUGUUUUGAAUGCCAGAAAUUAUGUUGUUCAUUUGAUUCCUCUAACACAAAUCUUUGCACCUUAAUCGCACAGCAAACUCAAUCUGCAUAUGUAUGUAUGCUCGCACUUGCCAUGUAAAGCCUUAUGGGACCAUUAUCCUGUUUAAAGCGUCUUUUUUUAAUGUAGUGAUUUAAAGGGAAUGGGUUUAUAAUCAUGUUAUGAGCAGCCAUUGGUUUUUCCUAAUGAUGAAAUCUAAUGUUUACACUGCAACAUGUUCAGUUCUUCAGAAGCCAUUGUAGUUAUUACACUGCUUUUUAUAACUGUUGAAAAGAAAUAAAUGACCUUAUUAACACACAUUA